AUGAAGGUUCUUUCUGUUCUUGUAGGGCUAUUCGUCCUCAUCGCUGCAGUGGCAGCUGCCCCUCAUGAGCUCCAGGCUCGGGCCAACGGUGCUCAGAACGUGGCCUACUGGGGUCAGGAUGGCCAUGUCCGUGAUCUGUCUAACUACUGCAACCCAUCUUCCGGAAUCGAUAUCGUCAUCCUGUCUUUCCUGUACGAGUUUGGCAAUGGCAAUAACAUUGCAUCUGGCACAAUCGGCACUCAGUGCUACAUCGCUCCCAACGGUCAACCUCAGAACUGCCAGGGCCUCGCCUCCGCCAUUGAAACUUGCAAAUCCCACGGAAUCAAAGUAAUUCUCUCCCUCGGUGGUGCUUCUGGUUCAUACUCCCUGUCCUCUCCUGCCGAGGCCCAAGCCAUCGGUCAGAAUCUGUGGGAAGCUUACGGCAAUACUGGCGGAAAUCCAAACGUCCCAAGGCCAUUCGGCUCAACCUUCGUCAACGGAUGGGACCUGGACAUCGAAGCAUGGGCUGGAAACAACUACUACCAAAACCUCAUCUCCCAACUGCGUUCCAACUUCGGCCGUGAUCCUUCUAACCGAUACUACAUCACCGGCGGUCCUCAGUGCCCUAUUCCCGAACCCUUCAUGCAAGUCAUCAUCAACAACUCGGUCUUCGAUUACCUGUGGGUCCAAUUCUACAACAACCCCUACUGCUCGAAUGGAGGAAAUAUCAACUACGAUGAUUGGGUUCGCAAUAUCGCCAACACUCCUUCUCGAAAUGCCAAGAUCUUCCUUGGUGUCCCGGCUUCAGAACUCGCUUCCACUGGAACUUCGAGCGGCGCGCGCUAUUACAUGGAUCCCAAUACACUUGCGGCACUUGUUCGACAGCAUCAGAGUAGCCCUGCCUUUGGAGGAAUCAUGAUGUGGUCUGCUGGAUGGUCGGAUACAAACGUGAUCAAUGGUUGCACUUAUGCUCAGCAGGCUAAGCGCAUUCUGACUACUGGUCAUCCUUGCUAG